UCUUCGUCUUUUGGAGCAGUGCUAUGCUGAGCUGAAUCAGCAGCCGCCUCACGUCUGCUUCUCGUAUGUUUGGCAGCUGCUUCGAUAUAUAUAGCUAUAGGCUGCAAGUACAGGCAGUCGAGGCUGCAGUUUGACAGAGAGCGCAGUCGGCGCACUGAUCAGUGAUCGGGCAGUAAAGCUCAGCGCAGUGACAGUCGACGAAGAGAGAGAGUGAGUUUUCAACAUUCGUCUAUUAGACGCGUUGUUCUACGCAUACAUAUCUAUAUCUAGCUGUCUAGUGGCUACAGGCGCAUAUCAUAUAUGUGCCGAGGCUGUAGCGAACAACGGGCGAUGAGGCUAGCGACGAACAACAACAGCAACGGCCGGGCAUAGAUUACCGGAGUCACUUGAUAUAUCAAGCUGAGCCAUGAGUACGAGAUCCAAGGAGAAGGUUGUAGCUGCCUUUCGCAAACUUUUCCGUUCAUCUGAGAAGAUAAGCGAGCAGGAGCCAGCUGAUCCUAGCUCUACGAGUUCACCUUCUCGAAGACUUCUUGCCAGACAUCACAGGCCUGAUGCAGUUACGCCGGCUGAACCUCCAGCCUUGGACAAGCCAAGCACCAGUCAAAUAAAUCACGCUAGCUGUUUCUUUAAAGCAAAAUCAACGUCUCCCAAUGGAAACAGCUCUCAAAAUCUCAAUGUGCCAGAAAGAGGAGUUCGAUUGAGAAGACUGAUGAAAGAGUUUAGUGAGAUUCAGCGAACUCAGCACCGUGGAGACUCAACAUUUACUGCCGAACUUGUUAAUGACAAUUUAUUCGAAUGGCAUAUUAGACUGCAUAAGAUUGACCUGGAGAGUGAACUUGCGUCUGAUAUGAGGGAGCUUGCAAUACCUCACAUUCUCUUGCACAUCAUCUUUCCAGAAAAUUUUCCCUUUGCACCACCAUUCAUAAGAGUUAUAUCUCCACGUAUAGAGAAAGGAUUUGUGAUGGAAGGUGGAGCCAUUUGUAUGGAACUACUUACACCUAGAGGAUGGGCAAGUGCUUAUACUAUUGAGGCUGUGAUAACACAAUUUGCAGCAAGCCUUGUGAAGGGUCAGGGCCGAGUUGCAAGAAAACCAAAGACUAAUAAAGAAUUUAACCGACGAUCUGCUGAAGAAUCUUUCAAGAGUCUAGUCAAGACUCACGAAAAAUACGGCUGGGUGACACCCCCGCUAGCUGAAGGCUGAAUCCCAGUUUUCCAAAUGGUGUACCGGACAAGGAUAUUUGGUUAUCUACAUUUCCAACGAGUAUAUAUAUAUAUACAUAUAUACCUAAUAUAAAUAUUCUUAAUCCUAUGCGAUACAUAAAAUUAUAUCUUAAAGUUGAUCGACGAAUAAUGGCGCAAAACGAUUUCCACCAAGUUUGAUUUAGUCAGUCCAACUAGUCUUAAUUAGAGAGCGUUUUCCAAGUUGAGUUUUGAUUUUUUAUUGAUUACCGCGGCGUGCUUUGUCGCUCAUUGUCCUGUUGAUCAUAGCUAGUUAUUUAUAAAAAAACAACAACAACAAUGUUUAGAUGUGACAAACGAUGCCACAAAUUGACUUUAGAAUAAAUACAAGCUGAGAUUUCGAAAAUAAGUAUUGUCUAGGUUGUAAAAGAAAGAAGAGUGAAAUUAUAAUAUUUUAGAUACCGAAAUUUUUUAAACGCUAGAUUCCUUUCAGCCAAACCGUUGCAUUGCAUAUUUUCGAAGUCAAAAGUUUAAGCAUUAAAUUAUCGUGUGCGUUUGAUAUGAAUUUGAAAGUUGAGUCUCAAGUAUACACACAUGCACUCGAGGAUAGAACUCGGGCGCAAAAAAUCUCCAUAAGUGUUGCAUUAUUUAAAACUAACAAUACGAUUUGAAGAAAAGAAAUAAAAUGAAAAAAAAAAAAUUAAAUCUAGAAUCUCCAAAUAUGCUGAAAAUUUAGCAACUUUAAGAAGUAUAUUACGUAGACUGAAUGGAGCGAGCCCACCUUAAUAACGAUUAAGAAGUUUACAAUGUGCUUUAGAAAUUUUUUCAUAUACCUAGGAAUUAUGUACGAGAAGAGAAAAGAAUAAAAUUUGUGGAUCUCAUGAAAACAA